AUGCCCAAUUCUUUUGACAAACAAACUAUCGCUGAAGCAAGACCUUAUAAGGCCGUCUUCUUUGACAUUGGCGGAGUCGUUGUAGGGUCUCCCUUCAGUGGAAUUGCCGAAUAUGAAAAGGAGCAUAACUUGCCUCACAACUAUUUGAAUAUCGCCAUUGCACAGGCUGGGCCCAAUGGUGCCUUCCAGAAAUUGGAGCGCGGUGAGAUUGAUCUGUGGUCAUUUUAUGAUGCCUUCUCGGAACAACUUUCCAAUCCAGAAAACAUUGCUGCAUAUUCGAAAUAUGCUCGAUUGAGAGGCAAAGAGUUUGAUGAAAAGUCGUUCAAAGCUCCUGUUAUCAAUGGGCGGGAAUUGUUUCAUCAAAUGAUGCGCAAGACAGCUGCGGCCGUCCCAUCCAUGGUCCAAGCCAUUGUAGCGCUUCGACAGGUCGGAUACAAACUAGCAGCGUUGACGAAUAAUUUCGACUUUCCAUUGGACGAGCGUGGACAACGUGAGCAAGAAUUGAUCCUAAAAGUCACUGGUCAACCAAUUAUGGCAACAUCAACAUCAACGUCAACAGGGACAGAGGCUACAAGAGGAUCGAUGGUGAUGGCACAGGGUCAUCUCAAGACACUUUUUGAUUACUAUAUCGAAUCCACUGUUUUAGGCCUUCGGAAACCAGAUCCAGCGAUUUUUAAAAAGGCAUGCGAGCUUGUGGGCGUUCAACCUUCAGAAGUAGUUUUUCUCGAUGACAUUGGUGCUAACCUAAAGUCGGCUGAAAAGUUGGGAAUGAAGACUAUCCGAGUUGAACUGGGGAAACCAGAAAAGGCUAUUGAGACAUUGGAGAGCAUUCUCGGCAUCAAAUUACUAGUUGGAUCAUCUCCAACGUCUGUAGCCAAGCUCUGA